UGUGCGUCACAAUUAUAAGUAAUGUUACAUAUUUGGUAACGAAGAAAAUCAUGCAGAUGUUGUGGAAAAAUAUGUGAGAAACUAAUAAACAUUACAUUUUUAGAUAAUUAAUAUAACUUAUAAAUAGUUAUUCACUACAAUAAAUGAAUAUAACAAUUAUUACGCUGUUGAAUGAUCUUAAUUUCUGGAUAGAGUUGAGAAGGUGACGUAAAACAAACCAAAACCACAUUGCAGAUGUUUUAUGUGUCUAAAAACAACUAGUUUUCAUGCGAGGUUCAUUUAUGUGAGAUGAUAGUUUGUCUAUUGAGCUAAAAUAUCCUAAAAUAUCAGUUCAACAAAACAUGGUGGGUGUUUUGUACGUGAAUGAACACGAGAAGCUCUUCAUUUCUCCUCGCCUCACGAUAUGAACGUGAUAAAACUGUUAAAUGGAAACUAUUAUGAUGAAUCAAGCCUGAUGAAGAAUAAUGUGCGGAGGAUGAAGAGCUCGUGAGAGGAUGCUGAAGUGUCGGUGUGAUCCGCUGGUUGUCGCACUCGGUGUGUGUUUGUGUUUGUGUCGGUGGUCCGGAGGGCGGAGCUGCGGGUCUCUGCGCCCCCGGUACCGACGGACACACCGAUCACUGCUGGGCGGAAGAGCGUCAUUUGAGCAGAAAACAGACCGAAAGAGAAGCAGCGCGCACGGGUUCAGCGCUCCAGUUAACGGAGAUCAAGCGGGACUCGAGCCUCGAACGCGACGACACAUCGAGAGUGAUUUUCUCUUUCUUCCGCUCCAGCAUGGAUUUACACACGGACGCUCGACACGAGCGCGAUCCGCCCGCAUCACCGCCUGAGCGUCACUGAAGCAUCAUCCGCCCUGAACGCGAGAUCCGACCGCUCCGAUGCGAACAAAAGCCUCCGUCCGCCCGCAUUCACCUCCACCCUGACCGACCGCAGCGCCUCCAUCCGCAAUGAACAUCUAGAGGAGCGUCAGGCGAUGGACAGCCAGUGACACAGAAGCUGACGACCAUUUCAAGUUAAAAACAGUUCAACUUUUAAAAAUGCAGGAUGAAAAUGAGACGUCACAGGGUUUUCUUGAUUUGCACGGUGGGACUGUGUGUCAUUUCCUUCCUGCAUUACUACAAGGCUCUCCACUACGUGUCCCUGCUGAGGGAGCUGUCUGCACCCUACCCUAACAUCAAAUCCUUCAUCAUGGUCACUGGUUUCUUCUGGAAGGAGGGCACCACCCCGUUGUCAAGUGCGUCCCCGGAGGAAGGGCCUCCGCUGGUCCACAGCCUGUCGGAAGGCAAGCCUCGGGCUGGAGGAGGUGGUCUGGAGCUUGACACCGGACAAGAACCUGAAGCACCACGGCCGUGGAAGAGACCUGAAGAUCUGCAGCGCCGGAGCUCAGACACUACAGAGGUUCAUAAGGGAGGUUUGGUCGCCUGGCAGCCCAGCAGUCCAACCGACCACAAGGCCGACCCGCAGAGAGACGCUGCUGUCAGAGUUGCGGUGAACAAGCUUCAGCCGCGUCACACAUCGACUCCAGACCCACUGGAAUCCCUGGGCGACCUGCACCGCCGCACACAUGUCCUCCGGGAUGACCGUACCCCUUAUUUCGUCCGCACCAAAGCGGGUGCUCUGUGCUUCCGUCAGGGGACGGAGAUGGCACCGACAAAAGAUGAGACAUUGAAAGCGAGACCCAGCAUUGCUGGAAUAGGCCAUCGGAGAAUAUUGCAGAAGCCUGACGAGUCAAAGACUCUAGCAAAAUCGGUGGAAGAGUCUGGUGCUGCUCGAGGGAAGCCAAAGCGCGGCAAGCGGCUGGUGAAGUGCGUUUGUCGGCCGGGCUGGCACGGUCCUUACUGUGGCGUGCCCACCAUGGUGUACCACUCCAAUCUGCCCACGAAAGAGAGACUGACGCCACGUGAGACGCCCCGACGCGUCAUAAACGCCAUUAAUGUGAACCACGAGUUUGACCUGUUGCAUGUGCGCUUCCGCGAGCUCAUCCAGGCCGUGGAUCUCUUCCUCGUGUGCGAGUCCAACUUCACGGCAUACGGGGAAAGGCGCCCGCUGAGAUUCCUGAAUCUGCUACUCAACGGAACGUACAAUUACGUGCGGCACAAGAUCCUCUAUGUCUUCCUGGACCAUUUCCCAGAUGGCGGCCGACAGGACGGAUGGAUCGCCGACGACUACCUGCGCACGUUCCUGACUCGCGACGGCAUGGCUCGGAUCGCGGGCGUGCGGUCCGAUGAUGUUUUUCUCAUCAACGAUGCUGACGAAAUUCCAGCUCAGGAAGGAGUCCUUUUCCUUAAGCUUUUCGAUGGCUGGACAGAGCCUUUUGCCAUCCACAUGCGGAAAUCCCUAUAUGGAUUUUUCUGGAAGCAGCUGGGCUCCCUUGAGGUGGUGUCCGGGUGCACCAUCGGAAUGCUGAGGGACGUCUACGACAACGAUGGGAUUCGGCUUAGGCGGCGGGAGUACUACACCAUGCCGGGAUUCCGGAAGUACGAGAACGACACCGGCCACAUCUUGGUGCAGUGGUCAAUUGGAAGUCCGUUCCAUUUCGCAGGCUGGCACUGCUCCUGGUGUUUCACACCAGAGGGAAUUCACUUUAAACUCAUUUCGGCCCAGAACGGGGACUUUCCUCGCUGGGGCGACUACGAGGACAAGCGGGACCUCAACUACAUCCGGGAGCUGAUCCGAACGGGGGGCUGGUUCGACGGCUCUGUGCAGGAGUACCCGCCCUCGGACCCUAAGGAACAUAUGUAUGCCCCCAAAUAUAUGUUGGAUAAUUACGAUCACUACCGCUACUUGUUGGAGAACCCUUAUGCCAAGCAGUCCAAGCCGGGAGGCGCAUAGAGCGGAAUGCGGACCAAAUGUUUGGGAGAGAAGAGACCGCCGUCCUGUUCCUCUCUUUCCUCUCUCUCAUUGGUCAAGACCCUCGGCCUCACCCAACACCGUCCAAUGGCUGAACGCUUCAUGUGAGCACAGGCCUUGCAGAGAACAAGCAAACCUUUCUGUUUUGGUCGAUGUUUACAUGAAGGUUCUGUGAGAGACUCUGCGCCUCCUGUAUUCACUGUACAUGACUGUGUGUGAGAGAGAGCGAAUGUGUGUGUGAGUGAAUUUCAUUAGUGCACAGACUUUCUUGCUUGCACUUCAGAAUCAAAAAAAGGACUCAUUGCACAAAUGCCACAUUUUUGGGUUUGUUGACAGCUUGUAAAUUCCUCUGAACUCAAAACAUCUUUUUCCUCGGCCAGAAAAAAACUUUGUGUAUCAUUGUGAGCUGUUCUGAAUGAGUUUGUAGACGAGAGAGAGAGAGAGAGAGAGAGACUAUUACAGAGAAACAGAGCUUUGUUUGAGCUCUUCUGAUGGAGCUGAUAUGUGAGAUAUAGCCGAGCAAGAGAGGAAGAGGUCCACUCUGACAGAACAAAAACGAGCUUCCUGUUUUAGAAAUCCUUGCGGAAAACAUCCUAAAGCUGGAAAACAAGCUGUUUUCAAAGAAAAAGCAUAUAUUUAGUCUGCAAUAUUGUGAACCACCCAUGUUGUGUACAAAAACGAGAAGACGCCAGAUAAAAUAAGACACAGGCUCUGUUCCAAGAUAGUGAACUGCCUACGUAUGCAUUUUAAGGCAUCAUAGGUGUGUCUUUGACACCAAGGUUGUUCCAAAUCAUAUGAUGCCUUCUAAGAUAUGUUCCUUUGGCCUUAUUAUACAAUUCUUAUUUACCUUUUCUAGAGAACAUCUGAUCUGAGAGUGCAUUGCAACGAGCUACGUGAAAAAAAUCUAGCCACGAUGGCGGACAAAGAUGUUGGCAUGCAGUGUGUUCGAUACCGAAAAGCACUGAAAAUAAACAGUUCCAUCCAAUGUAUAUUUUUAUGCUUUUUAAGAAUUGUUAGCUUAACAACAUGCUUCAUACUUAACUGGAAUCAGCAAUGCAGCUCACUGUGUUUUGGAACAGAGCCAUGUAGUGUUUGGUGGUCUUGGCUCUCGUGUUUUAAUUUCAAGUUAGAACAGGAAACAGUUUCUUACGAAAUCUUGUGCUGGAAAUAACCUGUUCCCAGAGCAGUGAAGCCAUCUGAUCACAUUAGAGAUCUGUGGGGAAUUACAUUCACACGGCGGCACCAGAGAUCUGAAGUUUUGCCGAAGAUUUGACAGGGAACGUUCUAGGAUAAUUCACUGACUUUUUCUUCUGGGGCUGUUAAAGUCAACAUGUAGUCAACAUUGACUCUCUUGAUUCAUGUCGCUGCUCUUAUUGUGAAUGACUCAUUGUCAUUAUUCUGACGAAAUAUAGCUGACAUCAGUCCCUCUUUAUCAACCACCUUUAGAGACACAUUAUAAAGAAAAUCAAGUCCCAUCCUACAUUUAUUCUCAUUGAAUGCCUCAUUGCAAAAAUAUAUUACAUAAGUAAAAUGGGGAGUGAAUGUUGUAUCAUGUUGACUUUAGCCAUAAACAAACUCCCCUAGACAUACGAUUAAAGUAGAAGAGGGAAUCAUUUCCAAAGAACAUUAUCUCUGUGUCAGACACGCACUGCUAAAAACAGGUCUUCAUAUAUAGGAACUAUCUGGGCAUGGGUUAAAAUACUGCCACCAAACCUUCACAGUGAAAUAAAUACCACCAGUAGUCAAGGGUCAUGAACUAACAAAUGACUUCUGUCUGCCAUUCCUACAGCAGUGCACAACAGCGGCACAUUGUAAACAGCCUAAAGAUAGAAAGAGCGUUAGAUGUCCCGAAGACAUAACAGAUCUCAGCAGAGACAGGUGCUCAGUCUCCGUCCACAUGUGUUUAUAGGAUCUCAGAGGCUUCAGUGUGGCCGUGACCCUGUCGUCAAAUGGGAAUUCAGCCUUCAUGCUCGCAGUAAAUGUGCUUUAGAGGAGCCUGUGUGAGCUGCAAACCUCUCUGCACAGAUGUCUCCAAAUCUGUGUGGUUUUCACAUGGGAAUACAUGUGGAAUAUUGACCUUUAUUCCAGUGACUUUUGAUGCAAUUGCAUCAAAUUCUUAUCCUGAAACGCAAGCGUUUAUGAGCAGACUGGAGUUGGUUUCAUUCUACCUAAAUCUGCAUAUCAAGCAGCUUACAUGAGCAGGAAUAUCUUUAUUAAUGGCCUUAUGAAAUUCAUAUCUGGAGAAUCUGAGACAUGAGGGCUGAGUUCACAUCUGCAGGGUCUCUUUAUCUGUCGGUCGUGCCACAUUUAGUUCAGAAGAACAUUUGAUUUACUUUGGUUUGAACUUGUGUAAGAUGCUCUGAGGGGAUUUCGUCUUGAGUUUAAUGAUUGUUUUGCUCAUUUGAAUCAAAUGAAGGACUGUUUUGAGGCAUUUGGCUGUAGAUCAGGAACUGCUUUAGAUGACCUCUCUCUCUCAGUUAACAAACAUUCACUGUUUUGGACUUACUGUCAUUUUUGUUUUGUGUUGUUUGCUGUUGUAAAUGUUGUUGCUGUUUACAUUUAUUUAUCUAAUUUAUUACUAUCCUGUUUCUGUGUACAAAAGGGAAGGUCUAUCUGUCAGGGGAGAGAGAUGCUGCAAGUUCUUCUCUGACUCUGUAUGAAAGACUGAAACGUCUCUCUCUUCCAUGUCAUCCCUCCAUCCUGUCCAUUCACCCCAUAUUAUUCAUCUUAAACAUGAAGUCUGUCAUUAACUCUAAAUCUUCAUGGCUAGAAACACUUUACGCUAGUAUGCAAGUGCCACUGAACCUCCAGUAGGUGAAAGAGAUUCCUUCAAAUGUUUGUGCCAUUUAACUGGAUGUGUUAGGUUUAGGGAUAGAGUGUGGCUGGACCUUCAAGCUCCACCCAUAUCAUGCAGAGAGGAGGAGCUGAGCAUCAAGCUCCACCCAUUACACCCAGAGAGGAGGAGCUCGGGUUCAAGCUCCACCCAUUAGACAAAGAGAGGAGGAGCUGAACGUCAAGCUCCACCCAUUACACCCAGAGAGGAGGAGCUAAUUUCCUUUUUUAGUAAAUUCUAGCUCUAAAUCUGAACUAGUGUCAAUGGCUCCAGACUACUGCUGCCUUCAUGUGCUAUUGGAAUUAUCGUAAAUACAAGUUUCCUAGUUAAAAGUGAAUUCCCUCUCAAGUCGUAUUUACCAUUGGGAAGCCUGGGGAUCAUUUUGAUACCCAAGUUCCAGAGAGAGGCGGGCCAUAAACUUUAAACAUGGCAGAGUUAAGAACGAUUGCUGCUGUGACUACUAUUCUUUAUUAGUUUUUACCGUUUUUUUGCAUUCUCGUUAAUGUAGUGCAUAUUUACAUAUAUGAAUAAUCAUUUGAAGUGUAUUAUGUUUUAUACACCACGAAAACAGCCUGUAUUGUCAGCAAGCUAUCUAGAUAGUGCGGUGAAUAAUGUUUAUAUGGUUGUCAAGGAAUGGGACGCUAAAUAUAAUUUGGCUAUAAUAAGAUUUUCCCAAUAAAUACCCAAGAAUAAACCUGGCCUCCUCCAUGAUUCAUGUUCUUUCCGACAACAAAGCACUUGAACCCGAUGAGCUCGUCAUCACAACUUCAGAAGGGGGAAGUAGGAAAUUUCCGAAAGCACUUGACGGCAGCAUACAAAUCUGGACAAAAAUCUACAAAAGUCGUGUAGUGAAUUCUAACCUCAAUAAGCUGCUCUUCAGACUGUUGAGGAAAGAGAAAACGGACCGCCGAAGAACCUGUUCGCGCUAACGAGAAGAACGCAUGCGCAGUCCGUUUGCAUACUGGCGUAGAGUUUGUUUUGGGUCAUUAUCUUGCUUUUGUCUUGUGAAUCACCUGUGAACGGUGUCGUCUCAUGCUUCAGGGAGCUUUGCUCGCAGCUCACAUGCUGUUUGUUCUGUGAUAAACGGAUGAAUGGAAAAAUGUUUAUAUAAAACAGGACAGGUUUUAUACUGGAAUGGAGCAGGUGCUCGUCUGUUUCAUCACAGAUCAAAGAAACUAUGACGUAAAUCAUGAGGUGACAUAUGGACACACACACACCGAACACCUGAAAAUGAAAUAUAAGAGCAUAUUCAUGAUUGAGCCCUUUUGUGUGAGAGUCAAACACGCUACCCAAACACACACGUGAUCCUUCAGGAAAUAACAGUGAACGUCCAGUGAUUGUCUGGACACGAGCUGUAUUCUCCAAACUGCUCAUAUCUGCACUGCAUUUUAUAAUUUCGAAAGUGUAACUUAUUCAGUGUGUUCUGCUUUAAUAUAUUAAAGGGUUUUUUCUUUCUUCAUAUUUUCUGGUGAAGUUAAUAUUUCUCAUCUUGAUGUGUAAUCUUGUAUAAGAUCCUCAUAUAACAUAAAGAUCAUGUUUGUCACUAUUAUUGAUGCACUGUAUGGGUUUUUGUUCCGCUAAUCAAACCAUGUGAUCUGACAUUAUAUCUCUCUUCUCCAAUCACAUCCACUCUUCUCUCUCUCUCUCUUUCCGCCAAUCAUGUCCACUGGUUUGUCAACCAACCUCCAAUCACGUUCUCUGUGCGCGUGUGGGAGAGUUUCUCAUGCUGGUUCAUAGAUGGAGUAAUUUCUCUGAUUAAACCCUAUAGUCAGAUGAACGACGUACUAGUGAGGAAAGAGUGAAAGUGUUUGAAAAGAAGAGAAUAGUUCUCUUCUGCACUGGUAAGAAGGAGUGUGUACAUUAAAUGAGUUUAUACAAUCCUUUUUGUUUUGUGUAUAUGAAUGGCUAUAUGUUAACCUUGAAUAAAAAUAACAAAUUCUAUGACAAAAACUAUAAUAAAUUAAUUUGAAAACCA